AUGUCUAUACAGCAACCACCACCACAACAACAACAACAGCCUGUUGUCCUUUACCCAAACACUGUCACAAGGCAGACCCCUUCUUCUCACUCAAAUGGAUCAUUUGGCACCGUUUUCAUAGUUCUGGCAGUGAUUGUUGUGAUAUCAGCUAUUGCUUGCUGUCUUGGCAGAAUUUGCAACAAGCGUCUAAACAAGCAGAAAGCCAACAACAAGACCAACCUGCAGCACAGCCAACACAAUCCGAACUUUCGUCCCAAGGAAAGGGGAAGGGAAAGGGAAAGCGACGUUGAAUUUGGGUUUGAGAAGGGAUUUUCAGCAGCCGGGCCUACUAACAUUAACGGAUCAGCCCCCAGAGGACACAAGCCAUUUGGAAAUGGUCAUUUCAGUGGUCAUAAUACUAGAGGUGAUCACACAAAUACUUCUGUUGGUGAUCAUGGCGAGCCCAACGCUGGUCCUUGA